AAAUUUUGGAAUUAAACUUUUUUUUGUUUUUGUUUUUGUUUUUGUAUCGGAGUUCUCAUCAGCGAUGUUUGCACAGUUAGCGCCAUCGCCGUCUCCUUCUCCGGCGAAUCUAAGCCACUUCGUUCAAGGUCGAAGCUUCCGAAAGUGUACUUACGCCGUAUCCGCUUCUCUUCCCACUGCAAAUUCUUCUCGUCCACCACCAAUUCAGAUUGUUGGAGGAAAAGAUUCGAAUUUGGAUGUCACAAGAAAGGAUGAUUCAUCUGGGUUCAAAUUAGAAGCAAAUGAGGAUGAAAUUGAUUGGAUGAAUCUAGAAUCUGAUAUUCGUCUAUGGACUAGAGCAUUACGUCCUGUUCAGUGGUAUCCAGGACACAUAAUGAAAACUGAAAAGGAACUUAGGGAACAGCUUAAGCUUAUGGAUGUUGUGAUUGAAGUCCGAGAUGCUAGGAUUCCUUUAUCUACCACUCAUCCAAAGAUGGAUGCGUGGCUUGGGAAUAGGAAACGGAUAUUGGUAUUAAAUAGAGAAGAUAUGAUAUCAAACGAUGAUCGAAAUGAUUGGGCGAGAUACUUUGCAAGGCAAGGAAUAAAGGUCAUUUUCACAAAUGGCAAACUUGGGAUGGGAGCUAUGAAGCUAGGUCGGUUAGCAAAAAGUUUAGCAGGUGAUGUAAAUGGGAAACGCCGAGAAAAAGGACUUCUCCCUAGAUCAGUUAGAGCUGGAAUAAUUGGAUACCCUAAUGUUGGAAAAUCAUCUUUGAUCAAUCGUCUAUUGAAGCGCAAAAUUUGCGCAGCAGCUCCUAGACCAGGUGUAACUAGAGAAAUGAAAUGGGUCAAGCUUGGGAAAGAUCUUGAUUUGUUAGAUUCACCUGGAAUGCUUCCUAUGCGUAUCGAUGAUCAAGCAGCUGCUAUAAAGCUUGCAAUAUGUGAUGACAUUGGAGAGAAAGCUUAUGACUUCACUGAUGUUGCUGGAAUCCUUGUGCAGAUGUUAGCACGGAUUCCAGAAGUAGGCGCAAAGGCUCUUUACAACAGAUACAAGAUCCAGCUAGAAGGAAGCUGCGGUAAAAAAUUUGUGAAGACGCUUGGGCUUAACUUGUUUGGUGGAGAUAGUCAUCAAGCUGCAUUUAGAAUACUGACGGAUUUUCGCAAAGGUAAAUUCGGGUAUUACUCGUUGGAGAGACCUCCACUCUGAUAAACUUAGUAAGAGACUUAAGAGCUAUGCGCAAAAUUAUAAACCAUAAAAAUGUGUCAUGUAUGCAUAUUUGUGUAUUUUGUUGGGUGCGUAGAGAGGACAUGUUAAAUCCUAGAUUUAGAGAAACCGGAUUAAAAUCCUACGACAACAUCAGUGUCAGUCUCGCUAGCCAUUGUGCUCUUUCUUAGGCCCAAUUUGUAUGAAUAUUUUGUUCAUGUAAAAAUUAUUAGUUAAAUUUUAGUCUGUA